AUGCAGCAAAUUCUGUAUCAACACAUCGUCGAGGCCGUCAACGAAUUUCCUGCAGGGGCCAUCCGCCAACGCUAUGCUUCUGCUGCCCUCUCCUGGCGUCAUCCAUACUGGGACUGGGCUGCCGAGCCACCAGCUGGAGAAAGUGUACUUCCAACCAGCAUCACCUCGCAGACUAUCACUGUCACAAUGCCCAACGGGACCGCGACUAUAGCAAAUCCACUGUACUCUUACCACUUCCAGUGGGUCGAUGUGGCGGAUUUCUAUUACAGCCCUUUCGCCGAGUGGAAUUACACGAUGCGUGCGCCUUCGGACUGGAGUUCAUCGGCAUACAGCGAAGACAAUUUAGUUGCUCAAGCCCUGGACAACGGCAGAAUCUCAUUUCGAGAUCGCCUGUACAAUCUGUUCACCAGCUACAACAACUUCACUCAAUUUGGCAACGAAGCCUGGAUGAGUACUUCUGACGUGUCCAACACCGACAGUCUCGAGGCUCUUCACGAUGUCAUCCAUAGUAUCACUGGCUCACGAGGCCACAUGACAUAUCUCGACUAUUCCGCUUUUGACCCGCUGUUCUGGCUGCAUCAUACAAUGAUUGAUCGAUCUUUUGCAUUGUGGCAGACGAUAUAUAAUGAUAGUUAUGUCGAACCCAUGGCCGCACUUGAUCCGACUUUCACGGUUAAGGUAGGGACCGUGCUGGACGUCGAUACUCCAUUGGUGCCGUUCCACUCGAACGCAAAUGGCGACUUCUGGACGUCGACAAAAGUACGUUCGGUACGUUCGCUGGGAUACACAUACACAGAUCUCGGCAACGAUAGUAUUGAUGCGGUCAAAGCCAACGUCAACAAGUUGUACGGCACCAGCGCUGGAAUUGGCGGACUAUCCAGACUGAAGCGAGAAACGACUGGCGAAGCCGAUCCAGAUAUCGACGCGCCAAAGGAGGUCGUGAACGGCAAGCACCAGCAGUAUCUCGCGAACAUUGUCUCGCAGAAACUCGCACUGAAUGGUUCUUACGCCAUCUACGUAUUUCUGGGAUCAUUCGACGACACACCUGCGGCUUGGCCGCUGUCGCCCAAUCUGGUUGGGACGCAUGGUGUCUUUGCUGGUCUGUCUACAUCAAGCAGUGCCAGGGUGAGAAAUAAGGAAGGCCCCGGAAUCACUGUGACUGGUUCCGUGCCGCUCACCUCGUCACUGUUGGCAAAGGUGCAGAGUGGUGAGCUGCCGUGCAUGGAUGUGCCUACAGUCACAGCUUACCUGAACCAGAGCUUGCACUGGCGUGUUGGCAUGUACGAUGGCACCACCGUCUCGCCGGAAGACCUCGAAGAUCUCAUGAUUACCGUCGUGAGCGCAGAAAUCGAGCCUGCAGACUCGGUGCAUCAGUUCCCGAAAUGGGGUGAUUUUACGGUUCUCACGAAUGUUACUGAAGGCAAGCCUGGAGGGUGCUGA